GUAAAUGAGCAGGAUUAUAAAGAUGAAUUAUCAUGUAAUAUGGAUUUAAUAGUAUUAAUCUGGACGUAAAAUUGUACAUUUUUUCAUCGUACCCUAAAGACAAGAACUAUCAACAAUGAACUACAACUGCAAUGACAUGGCCCAGCAAUGCCGAUCGUCGCUGCGACAGCCUGAAGAACGUAACCAAACCAGUCACAGCAACGCUAGUUACCUAACUACAACCACUACUAGUGUGAGCCAGCAACAAGUCCAGAACCAUCAGGGCAACCACUCGUCGACAGGUAUCAUCAACCAUCAACCAUCUUCGAGCAACACUCAUCUACCACACGCCUCAGUUCUUGCUCAUCUGCAAGGUUCUCCUGAAAGUCAGGUCUCACUUUCGGGCCUUGCCCAACCUUCUUCAACUCAGUUUUCGUCUCUUUCAGGACACCCACAAUCUUCUCCUAACAUACCAAAUACGCCCUUAACUGGACAUCAUCACUCUAGUUCCAAUACCCAACAUUCUUCUCACUCUAAUCAUCCACAACUGACUUCUAAUACCCAACCCUCCCAUUCAUCACUUACGGUAAUCACCCAACCAUCAUCUAAUACCCAAAUAUCUUCCCACUCCAGCAGUGACAUACCAUCUUCAUCCAGUAACCUACACUCCCCACUCAUGAGUGUACAACCACCUAACCACUUCCAGUCAGUGGUGACAUCGUGUGGGGAUGCAGGUAUGGAUGCAGGAACCUACACAGGAGGGUACCACAGCAUCCACCUGAUGUUGGGACUGUCCACGGAUCUGAUGUUGGCUCCUUUCUCCAGCCCCCAGCAAUACGCGGACCCAAACCGUAGUCCUGACGAACCAUGUCCUUCUCCGACGAUGAUCCAGAGACAACACACCAUAUCUCCCGUCAAAGUCACAACUUCUGUUCGAUCAUCAACCUCAAAACAACAGGUGAAGGAUACCUAUGAAGGAUCUUCAAGAGGGACAUCUGCCGAACUCACCUGUCGGUACGACAGUCCUGAUCCACAAAUGUCGGAAAGGACUUUUUUGAGGCCAGGAUCGGAAUACCUGAGCCAUAUCGCGCAGCCUCCUUCUUCCGACAUGACGACCAUCAACAGUGAUAGCAUCAACACAAGUUCCUUGAUCAACGGCAGCGAUAGCACCAACAUCUCAGUUAUCAACAGCACCAGCAGCAACACUGUCAACAGUUCUUCAACAGCCGCACAGUCUUCUUCAGUGAAGAGGAAACUUGAAGCAGACGCUGCAGGAUCUUCUGAACUGCAGAGCGCUGCAGACACGGCAGGCGAUGCGACGCCGUCCUCGACAUCAGGCCGCAAGGCGGAGCCCAAGUCCAAGAAGGGGGCGGCGGAGGGCGGCGCCCCCACCGUCAAGAAGAAGAAAACGAGGACGACGUUCACGGCCUAUCAACUAGAGGAGCUAGAACGAGCCUUCGAACGUGCCCCCUACCCCGACGUGUUCGCCAGGGAAGAGCUUGCUCUGAAGCUCGCCCUGUCAGAGUCCAGGGUGCAGGUGUGGUUCCAGAACCGCAGGGCCAAGUGGAGGAAACGAGAACCUCCGAGGAAGAACUACAUUCCACCAGGUCUCUCAGCGGCGGGGUUCGGGGGCCUCGGACCCCUGCAGUUCAGUGCCGGGGAUGCAGCCUCGGGGGGCUGGGGCUACGCUCCCCACUACGACCACCUCAACCUCUUGCCUUCUUCUUCCCCUUCUGGUGCCUACUCCUACCCUCCUCCUCCCCACGCUCCCCCAUCCCACGUAUAUGGGUAUCCUCCUACUCUCCAGUCUGCCCCUCCUACGUCUGCAGCAAGCGACUACUACUUGCAGGACAUCCGGGACUUUUCUUCCGCCCCUAGUCUUAGUCUUGGAGGUCUAGGAAGUCUACAGAGCUUCCCGCCAAUCCUACAGGAUGAACCUGAGUUAGGAGGUCACAGUGAGUUACAUCAUCACCUGCAUCACCACCAGCAGCACAUGGAAGGUGUUAAACAGGAGCCCGAUGAUGGAGGUACUUGUGGUCCGGACCUCAUGGGGACCGCCAUCACCUCCAUGUCGACGCCUCUCAUGGGCCACAACGAUACUAAAGACGCCACUAACAACUUGCCAUAUCUCGCCUUGCCUUCUUUUUUAAGCUAA